CUGUUGGCUGCCUGAAGCCGGAGCGAUCUUGAGGAGAGGGAGAGGGUGCGGAUUGAGGGCUUGGACACAUUGCAGGGCACAGACCACUGAACAGUACGGUAUUGCGGCCUUACCACGGACACAACAAAGUAAAGAGCCGGCUUAACGGCAGAGUUGGUCGUUGCUUUUGUCUUGGAGUGAUUAUUCCUGUGGCUGGGUGCUCCUUGCUCUUGUUCAAGGGGUUGGAAAAAAUGAAAGACCCAAGUCAGAGUAAUAAUUCUCCAAGCAUCAACAGUGAUGAAGUUGUUCUAAAUGGUCACUCGCACGAUGAGGACAAUCCUUUUGCAGAGUACAUGUGGAUGGAAAAUGAAGAGGAAUUCAAUAGGCAGAUUGUCGAGGAGUUGUGGGAGGAAGAGUUCAUCGAGCGCUGCUUCCAGGAGAUGUUGCAAGAGGAGGAGGAACAUGAAUGGUUUAUUCCAGCAAGGGAUCUGCCCCAGACCAUUGGACAGAUCCAGGAGCAACUGAAUGGACUUGUCAUCAGCAGCAAUGGAUCAGUGGAUGAGCUUGUGAGCAAGAGUAACUUGAACCCCAAUGCGAAGGAGUUUGUUCCUGGGAUGAAGUACUGAAGAUGAUUCCAGAGGCCUGUGUUGGUGGAUGUAGCACAAUCUCCACACUGUGACGCCAGUAUUAGAGGAACCAGUAGUAGAAGCUCCCUUCUCUAUCACUGUGUUACACUCGUGCAUUGCCAAAGUUUUCACUUAGUGUUGCAUGCUAAAUAAAUGUACUGAGACUGUUAUUAUUCAAUAACUUGCUUCUAGUCGUUGACUGAAAAAAACAGGAAGCUUAGAAGUGCCACGGGGAGGGAAGAGCAGCCAGCAUAGACUGGGGAUGCUGCCCUAACACUGCCUAGCUGACUGCGACUUCCUUGACUUAUGUUGCCAAAUAACUGGUGAAAUGGAUAGUUGCCAGUGGCUGUGAAGACCUGAGCUUGCUGGUUCUCUGUUCACUCCCUUGUUCUUAGCCCUUGGCCAGGAUUUGUUCUCGCAGCUUGUUUUAAACUCUGACUUGGUAACCAGUGUGAGCACUCUUGUCUACAGUUAGCUUGAAGGCUGGGAGAAUGGUCUAGUCAGGGAAAUAUGAGGUCUCUUGUCAGAGAUUAAUAGGAGGUAUUAUGUAUUCCCUUGGCAAAGCUGGACACUUAAUUCAACAAAGUUCUGACAAUCUGGACUUUUGAGGGUUUUCAUGAACUGGUCUUACGGGGAGAAGUUGCUCGUGCUUCUACUUUAAGCUAAUACACUACUGAAGAUCUUUUCAGUCUCACCAGUUUGUAAUAAGCAUAGCUUCUGUAGGUACAGUUGUGUUCAGAAUGUUUCCCCUUGUUUGUGUUGCUGAGAAAGUUCAUGUCAAUCCAUCAGAGACAUGGCAAUGGGAAUUCAUUAAGACAGUGAAACCCAUCUCAGUGCAAUUGAUCAGGAAAUUUCACCUAUCGCAAUCAAUCCCAGAAUUUGUCACAUGGUGCAGGUUAUGUUGUCUCCCAGUCCCUGUCAAAUGACAAGAUUCCCUGUCCACUGGUAUAAUGCAUGUGCUGCUGUUUUAAGACAGUAGUGUAGAGAGAGGGGUUUGUCAAUUUCAGUUAAGAUCAUUGUGUAGAGAAAGCAGUGGCUCAAUGUUGGCUAAGAUUGUAGUGUGGAGAUGGACAUGGUGUUGGUGUGGGUAACAAUCUUGGUGUAGAGGUUAAAGGAUGUCAGCACAAGUGAAGAUCACAGUUUAGUGAUUGGAGGCUAUGGUGCUGGUUAAGGUCAGUGUAGAGGGAAGGCUGUCUGUACUCACUCAUUUGGCAAUGUAGUCAUUGUGAUGCUGUUUAAGAUGGCACCAAAGUGUAGAUUCUCACAAGAAUUAAAGUUAUAGCAGUGGGCAUGAGAAUGUAUGUUACUCAUGUGGCUGUCAUUUGUCAGUCCAUUAUUGAGCAGGGAAGAUUCAACCAUUUUGCUGUUUGGGCACAUCAUAAGACCUCGACUGUGUGUUUAUUGGUGUAUUGUUGUCUAGUUGCUAAUAAGAUGUAGGAUGAAAGGCCACUUGUUGAAUUAAACAGUUAUUGUGGAUUAUUAUCUUUUCCUUUCCUGUUCUCUCUGGGUGUGUGAAUGGGAAUUGAUUAAAUGUGUGUCUGCAGUGUAGAAAGAUGUUACAACAGGUUUGGCGUUUAGAAAGACAGUGAUACACUUUUUCUCUUUUUGAAUCUAGUGGCACAUGUUUUGUGAAUUCCAGAAGUGAGUUUUGAUUAGCUAAUAGUUUGGCAGCUCUCCCAAGUGCAUUGAGGUGUGAGAGUAACAGACAACAAUACAUGGAUGUCAGUGGGGUCUGAAAUGUGUGAUCUUGGCUAACUCAAAUGGACUACCAAAAUCCAAGUGUGUUCAACCUUCAGCCUAACAAUUGAGUGGCACUUUUGGCAGUUGUACUGUUUAAUAUCCCGAUAUUUGCAGAAACACUUUGCAAUUGAAUAAGCAAGCAAGCAGAAAGUAGGAGCACAAAGGCACGUUUGUAGAAAUUUGUUGAUUGAUUUUCUCUUUUUGAGUAUGUCUCUUUUGACAAAAUAGAGGGUGUUAAUUUUUGAAAAUUUUAAGUAACUGGAACGCACUGUCCAAAAAACACCCAGUUACACCUUUUCACCAAAUGUUGUGUAAUGUAUAUGUCAGACAUCCUUUCAACAACAAUAACCUUGCAAAACCCCUGUUGAAGCCAUUCUGCCUCGAGCACAAGUGUAUCACUCUGGAUUGCAGUUUCAAACCUUGAAACUAUUUUCAAGAAAUUGCUGACUUAUCAAUUAAUAUUGCAUUUAUUGUACAUGUGAAUACUGGCAGCUGAUGGCCACAAGCUUAGUGGGGAUCAAAAUUUUUGUGGACAAGAGAAUUUGCUGUGCAGAGAGAGCAGAGGUUGGUAUUGGUUAAAAUUGUGGUGCAGGGAGAGAAGGGUAUCAGUGCUGAUUUAAAAUUGGGGUGCAAAGUUGGGGUAAAGACAGUGCAAGUUGGUGCUGGUUAAGAUUGUGGGACAGAGUAGGAUGUUGGUGCUAAUUAAAAUUGUGAUGCAGAGAGAGCAGGGUGUCAGCAUUGGUUAAGAUUGUGGUGUAGAGAGUGAACUGGAUGUGGUCCUGGUACUACUGUUCAGUACAGUACUAAAAUACAUUUUGUUCAAAGUAAAUUCAGAUUAAUCAUAGUUCCAGAGGACCAUAUCACUGUGCUCUCAUUAGAGAAGAUGAAUGGUGAUGAUUUAACCUGAGGCCCAACUGCAUGAUUGGGACCUUAUGGUAACCUCAGCUAAUGUGGGAAUUGAACCCACGCUGACCUCAGUUGGCUGGAUUGCUGGUAUGAUGCUAAUAGCAAAUUCAAUUUCUGCAUGACCACUGGUUACUGCCUUCUCAGUUUUGUCCCUUGGCUGAGGUGUGGUGCCGUUCAGGUUAAACACUGCCAGUUGUUUCCCUCUAAAGUAAGAGAGCAGCCCUAUGUUUCUCUGGGACUAGGGAAUUUACUUUUGCUUACAUUUAUUCAGUAAUUGGCUUGACUUUUUUUCCCCCUAAAGUGACUUCAUUUGAGAAUAAUACUGCAUUAUGAACUAACUAGGGAUGUCCAUAAUUGAUGAAUUGUGCUGUACAAAUGCAUUUAUUUAGGAG